AUGUCUCUGUUGAAAACUUUAGAGAGUGAGGACAAUGCUAAAGCCCAAGUACGGUCCAUACUCGGACCGACGAAAGACGCCGAGUUCCUUCAAAGUUUCGUAAGAGUCGGUGUGGGUGAUGACGAGGACGAGCUGCCGGUACCGAAGGCUACGAUCAGCAAACGAGCGCCGCAAUCCGCUGAGAAGGCUGAUUCAUUCGCUGAAGAGGAAAAGUUUUCCGCUCCAGCGAGAAAGGAAUCUGGGAAGCCUCAAAAGCGGAGAUUCCGCAGAAAACCUAAGCGUGAAAGACGACGGCGAGAAGAAGAAUUGUACACGGACAAGGAUCGAGCGGCCGCCGUGGUGAUGGGAUCGAGAGAUAUCAAGCACUCUCUGAACUUGAAGGACAGAGCAGAGAGGAGCAGCGCCUUACAAAUACCAGAAGAAGCUGAUGCUGGGACGUUGUUAGCGCUGGCCAGGGCGGAAAUGAUGAGGGAAAGAUAUCGUACGGCACUGACAUUUGUUGACAAGGCCAUAGAGCUAGCUCCAGAUGAAAAGGCCGCCUUUGUUUCUCGCAGCAAAUGCUACUUACUCCUUGGAGAGCCGCGUAAAGCCUUGGAAGAUGCAGAAACAGCGCUCAAACUCGAUCCCAAGCACGCCAAGGCCCUCCUUCAAAAAGCUGAAGCCCUCUACUACUGUGGGGAGUUUGAAAUGAGCUUGGUCCAUUACCAUCGAGGACUGCGGGCGAGGCCGGAUUUAAAUGAAUUUAGACUAGGAGUUCAGAAGGCACAGGAAGCAAUCGAAAAUACUAUCGGAGCUGUAAAACCUGUGAAAAAGACAUCAAAACGGUCCACUUCAAAAUCCUCUCGACCUGUUCUGGGUCAGUUGAUGUCGGACAAGAUUUAUCUUGAGAAUUUACUCAAAAACCCAGAUCUGGCGAUAGCUGACAAAAAGAAUAGUAUAGUUAUGAAACAAGCAGAAGAGGCAAUACGUUUCUUAGAAAAUAGAGAAGAAUUUUGGCGCCAACAGCAAACCGCUGGCCGGCAUUGA